AUGGAGAAGAAAAAAUUAAAGUUACAAUACAUUGAAAAUAAAAAUACAAGGAGAGUGACAUGUAUAAAAAGAUGCAAUGGUCUUCUUAACAAAACUCGUGAGCUUAGUAUCUUAUGUGGUGUAGAUGUUUGCACCAUUAUAUACUAUCCUAAUUCCAAUGUUGCUGUUACAUGGCCCGAAUCAGAGCAACAGAUAAAAAAGAUUAUUUUCGAGUUUGAAAAUAAACCAAAUAAUUCCAAAUUUGAUAGGCAGUUUGAUCAAAAAUCAUAUUUAACGCAAUGCGUUAAAAAGUCAAAGGAUAAGCUAGACAAGAGACGGGAAAAAAAUCGAGAAUUGGAUAUGGAGAAUAUUGUAACUGAUUUACUCAAUGGAAAACCUAUAGAAGAUGUUUUUUUUGGUGAUUUAAAUGACUUACUUACGGUAAUUAAUAGUAAGAUGAAUAUGAUCCAACAUCGACUAAAACUUCUUCAUGAGAAUACUACUAAUAAUCCUCUUUGA